GCUCAGUUGCCUGAUAGCAAGGAUUACUAUCUCAAAACCUUAUAUGCCUGUUGUAAAGUGACUAUUUGUUUUCUCAAAUAUUUAUUAUUGUGCCUUCUUACUGAUGUUAUCGAAUUUCAAUAACCAUGUGACGCAUAUGUAAUACCUCCCAGAAUGCACCUCUUCUUCCUUACCACACCAUAACAUUCUGAGGACUAUGGAUCAAAUGCAUCUUUUCAAAACUAGAGACCCGCUUGCAGGUUCUACAUAUGAAAAAGUAUAUCAGGACCUCAAGAACAUUUCUAAAAAUGGAGAGCAGUUUUGUAAAUCUCUUAUGUCUGUUCUGCAACAAAGGGCUGACCUAGAGCUAAAUUAUGCCAAAGGACUUGAGAAAGUUUCAAAUAAACUGACAAAAGGACUGGACAGCAUGAACAAGAAUUGCAUUAAUAAUGCCUGGGUAUGUGCAUCCCAAGAAAUGAAGGCGACAGCUGAAGUGCACAGAAAACUUGGCACUGCAAUCCUACAAGAAGCUAUAAAACCAACAAAUCAAGUCUUGGAAGAGCAUGAAAAGAGGAGGAAGAAACUAGAUAAUGAAGUGGAGAAGAUGGCAAGUGCUGUGUUAAACAACUGGAAACAACAAAUAAAGACCAAGAAGAAAUUAGGGGAACAUACUAAAAAGCAUGAAACACUUUUUCAUCAUGUGGAAAAUGAAAACGCUAAAGAAUCUGUAACGGAGAAGGAAAAGCAGAAGCUUCUUAAUAAACUGAAAAAGUCAACAGAGGUCCUGACCAAAACAGAUGAAGACUAUUAUCAACAAAACAUCAAUGGACAAGCAGCGAGACUGAAAUGGGAAAGUGUUUUGGAGAGCUGUUAUAAGAGUAUUCAAGAUCUUGAAAAAGAGAGAAUACAAAUGCUUUCUCACAUUCUAACACUGUACAACCAGCACGUUUUAAGCUAUGGACAAACAGUAAACACAUGUCAUAGCCAAAUUGACCAGGCAAUUAAAAGCAUUGAUGUGGAAAAGGAUAUUCAGUCUUUCAUGGAGGAAACAACCAUAUUUACUGAAGACAACAAGUCAGAAUUCCUACUCCUGGAUUAUUAUGAAGAAGAUGGUGCCACUGUUAUGGAUCAAGACAGAAGAGUAGCCUCUAUAAACGUGAAGUUAGAAAGACUUCAAAGUGACACUGAAAAAGCAGUGAAAGACAGGGAUGGGUUGGAAAAAAUGCUGAGAGCCUAUAAAGAGAAUCCAGCAUUUUCAGAUGUGAAAAAUGAGGAAGAAACCCUUGUUCUGCUAGACGAGACAAACAUGAGAAUUAACAUUCUGGAAGCAAAUUAUUUCAAACUGUCCCUGGCACUGGCAGCACUGGAGCAGAAGCCUCUACCAACUCACCCUUGCAGUGAGAGAAUGACAAAGUGGAAAGAGAAGGGGAGCCGGCUCUGCUCAGUACAGAUAUCCCGAUCAAUAAAUACCUCCAAACUGAGGCGUAGUCUGAGGAUGUCCAACAGAAGCUCUGGGUAUAACAACCAACCAACAUAUGACUAUGUGGCAGAAUCUGACUACACUGACUCUCCCAACAAACCUCCAAGAGGUUUAAAAAAAAGAUCUUCUAAGAGCAAGCGAGGAUCAAUGAGGGACCGAGAGGGCAACUCUCAAGAGAAUGGAGAGCAGAACAAUGGUUCAUGCCGUGUCUUAUACGCUUACGAGUCACAGAGAAAAGAUGAGCUGGGCUUGAAAAUAGGGGAUCACCUUGUAAUUCAUCGUAAAGAUGACGAUGGGUGGUGGUAUGGGACCCUUAAUGGAAAUAAAGGUUAUUUCCCAGCUACAUAUGUUGAAGAAAACACUGAGGAUACAUAGAAGAAAACAUAUACAACGGCAUUAAUCUCACUGAAAAAGAGUUUAUAUUGUUUCCUUUAAAUUGUUUUAACUGUAGAGGACAAGGUUACUGUUAUAGGAAUGAGUUUGUGAAGAAAUGUGUAUUAUGUCUUUUUCAUUUCAUACAAAUCCUAGACCGCUUUGAGAUAUAUCAAGUUUGCCUACAUAUCUACAAUAUUGUAAAAUUAUAUUAUAUGUGGAAAUACCCUGUUC